AUGAGUAUGAAUACAGAAAGUAGAUUCAAUUCGUUUUAGUAAUAGCAGCAAAUCUAUGAGAAGCCUUAAAAAAUAUAAAUUCCAAAAGUGAGAGGUAAUCUUAGUUCUUUUAACGAUUUAAUGAAUUAUGACUCGAUGAAAAUUGAGAGCUAAGCCUUAAAUAACCUUAGAAAUAUGAGCGAAGAUAAAUUAGAUCAGUAUUUAACUAAUAUCAAUUCUACUAGCAAUAUAACUAGGUAAAACACGAACUAUAAUAAUAAUUAUUAAGCUAGUAAUAAUUCUAUUAUGACAAAUAAUAUGUACUACCAAAACUUCUAUUCUCAAAAUAUUGUUUGCAAUUAACCUUUCUCCCCUGAAAAGAGGAAAAGUUCCAAUAUAGUAGGAUGGGAUCAUGAUGACUCUACUCUUCAGUAAAUUGAUUGUUUAGAUUUAUAAAUAGAAAAAGAGUAAUCUAUAAUAAAGGAAGAGCCUGCUUAAGAAAAGGCUCAUCGCUCUCAAAGCUAAUUUGAAAAACAAAAUUCAAGCCAUUCUUCUGCAACUAUUAAUACUGCAUUGACAGCAACUACCUCCAAUUCUAACGCUUCUCCAUUAGCAGUUUAAUAAUCGUAAACUUCAGAUAAAGAAUCUAAAAAAUAACAAAAUAAUUAUGUAUCUUCUCCUAUCAUUCAUUAAAAUGUAAGAAGAUCUCUAAGUAAAAAAUCAUCAUAUAUUUAAUUGACUAGCAGUGCUACCGAUCUAUCAGUAUAAAAUCUUUCUUAAAUAAAAUUAUAGCAUUAGCCUGCUCCUGAGCUCAAUUCUACAUCACCUCCUAAUAAUGGAUUCUUUCAAAAAUAAAUUAGCCUUAAUAAAUUUCCACCAAUUUUACGUUCUUAAUCCCCAUCAUUACACUCUUCAGUGUAAUAAGAAAGAAGUAACUCUAAAGUUAGAAUUCAAUCUAAAAUUAUUAGAAUCCGUACAUCAUCAGCCUCAGGCGGCUUCGAAUAAAACUAAUAAUCUCUAAACUAAACUGGAAUUAAGAUAUAAAAUAUAAUUCAUCAAAAACACUAGAGUAUUAGCAGUAACAGUAAUAUCAACAAUAACAAUAAUAAUAAUAGUAAUAUCAAUGUUAACAGCUAUACAUAAAAUGGUACUAAUAGUAGUAAUAGCAAUUUAUAAUAAGUUAAUAUCCAAUCAGCAAAUAAUACAUUAUAUUACAAAAAAAUAUUAUAAAACACAAAAGUUUUGCAAUAAAGAUAGAAAGCUCUAGCCUAACUCUCUACAAAGCAGUAAUAAUAACUACAAUCUAAUCUUAAAACUUCUUAAUCAUUUGCUCUUUACAAUAUAACUAAUCCUACUAUUUAAUCAUAUGUUAAAUAUUCUUCUCCGUUGAGAGGAAGUCUUUCUAAAUUUUUCCUUGUUAAAAAUGGGCUUUAUCACAAAUGA